UUGCAUUCUCGACUUCACACAAGUCAGCCCAGUCUACAUUGCCAUUGGUCAAGGGCCAAAAUAGUCCGCAGGUGUAGACCAUGGUAGGGAAACCCAGAUCGAUCGCUCCUCACUCGAAGAUAACGACUUUCCAAUAAUCCAAGGAAUCAUUUUGAGCUACCGGUCGGAAAGUAUCGACAGGAUUUUAGUCCUGUCCUACAAUAUCCUAGGCUAGUGUGUCCAUAUGUACGUGUAGUUUAGGAGUUUUCCAGUAUCCAAUGGUAUCAUCGACGAGCAAACGGAGUUGGAAUUCAUUGUCGAAAAUAAUGGCCCACGGACAAACUGUUUGUCGGGCUGCCGUCCUACUGUUGCUCCUGGCUUGUUCUGCUCAACCACUUUCUGCAGCAACUACUCCGGCGUGGUUGACAAGCGCAAUUCGAGCACAGGCUAUCCUUACGGCCGAUACUGAUGUAUCGAAAUUGGCAUUAUGCGGCGCCAACGAUGCUUCCAACCAGCUGAUCUAUACCCCUUUACAAUGGCAGGCAGCGCGACCAGAUUUGGAGAAGGGCGUGGGGAAAGCGUGCGUAUUUGGUCGAUGUUUGAGAGGAACCACACAAAUCCACAGCCAAGUGAAAAGCAUCGGAAGCCUGUUGUCAUUAGGAGUUCGCCGGCUGUCACUCAACCUUCAUUACACUGCCACUGUGUUUGGUGUGGACAAGUACAGGAUGUGUCGUAGUGAUUCGUACUUUUACACAGGAUGUCAGAAUUUGUAUAACGCACUAAAGCCCUUCGAUGCCUGUUCCUCUAUUCUGGGAGUACCUACAAUUGAUCAGUACACCACAGGCUGCACGUCGAGUGCUCUAACCAUUCAAGCUGGUUUGGUGCAGAUUAGCAACUGGCUCAGUCAAAAUGCUGCCAAUCUGACAUACGACGUUCUUGUCCUGGACUUGAAUGAUUUCAUCACACCUGUUGUCGGCUCAACCAACAAGGAUGCCGCUGCAAUGCAUAUAUUGCAUGUAGUUCAGUCAACACUUGCCAGCCAGGCACUCACUGUCCAGCAGCUUGCAAGCUUCCGUUCUCAAGCGGGUGUGAGCAGUACUGCAUGGCCAACAGCAAAACAGAUGGUUGACAUCUACAAGAAGCGGGUUAUCCUUCUGUCAGCCGCCAACUCAAUUUAUCUCAACGACUACAUCCACGCCCAUCCAUCUCCAAUGAGUUCAGCUGUCAAUGCCGCUAAUGCUGUGAAAGUCUAUGACAACAGUGGUUACAUCGUGCAAUGUGCUGGCAGCAAUGCUGCUUUCCAGCCUGUCUUUGAAAGUCGCAAGAUACUCAAGCUGGAGGAGGCCUUAGCUGAUGGUACACACGUACAGCCAGUAUCCAACGAAGAUGGUCCGGUACAGAUUGGUACAAUUGGCGCACAAUACGCGAUGUCUAUCCUUCAGUGCGGUAGAAGUCCUUCUAUGGACUAUGUGGACAUGGAUCGGGUUACCACAUCUUGCCUCUGGACAUACGCACAAGGAAGCCAGACCCCAACAAGCUCUGAUGAUUACGUAGUCUUCACUGCUGCCAGUGGAUGGACCACUGUUGAUCGCACUGCCGCUGGAACUCUUCAGAGGGCUUGUCGUAACAAGGAUGACCCACAGGCUUGGGAGUUGUCACCACAAGGCCGGCCAUGUGAUGUUAUGUACGAGUUUGCAGUACCUGCUAGUGCGCAGCAAGCCCAAUCGCUGAGAACUGCUCUGGUGCAAGCUAAUGUUUCAUCAGCGCUCCUGCCAUCAGGUUUCCCUGGGGUUACAAGCCCUCAAGGCAGCAAUCCGGGAACGACUGUCCUUCCAAGUACGAAGUCGCCAUCCAGCAAGCCAACUGUUUUCCAUACCCUUGUUGGACUCCUUGUCAUGGCUGCUAUCGCUCAUGUUGUUGCACUUUAGAAAGGCUAUGCUAGCUAUCUGCCGGAUAAUCUGGACAUCAUGUAUCACACUGUGUAUCACAUGUAUGAUCGAUGCAGUGCUUGUAUUACUAUGUACUUUAUCAUGCCCGGGAUGAUGUCACCGUAUGCCAUUCAGUAUGUAACUCUAAUAUGGGAUGAUGUCACCGUAUGCCAUUCAGUAUGUAACUCUAAUAGUACACUGUACAGUCUAGGUGGGUUCAAACAUACUAAGUCUUAUUUUCUGCAUGUGGUGCACAAUUGUGCCAGAAACUGACUCCAGUGCUGUGUAUAAUACUUCCCUCCCGAGAGGCACACAUGAAUUUAGAAAUCAGGAUGGACCUGUUCUCAAUGUCGCGGCGGCUAUUCCUGAUUCAUCCUUUAUUGCUUCCUGAUCACAACAAAGAAAAAUUAUGCCGAAUGUGGUAGCAAAUUUUGUGAACUCAAAUAAUUGCAAAGAUGUAAGUUGGAAAGUG